AUGCUCGUGUCUCUGUCUGUUCGGCUCCGAUUUCUCUCACAUAUUCAAGCUCUCUGCUUCGAUUCUCGUCUCUCCUGUGUGCCUUGCUGUUGGGCUGGAUUGGGCGGUUGGUGGCAUUGUGUGUAA